AUGUGGGAGAUAGCAAUCUCGAAGGCCGCCUGGCGCCUUCACUCCUUCUGCUUGAUUUUAGCCCUGGGUUCGUUUGUUUGGGGGUACAACGUCGGCGUCCUAGCCUCCGUGCUCGUCCACCCGGGCUUCAAGCAGAUCCUGGGUGAGCCAGACGCGCCCCGGCGCGGACUCAUCACGGCCGUCUACUAUCUCGGCUCGUGGCUGAUCUACGUGUUGUUUGCACAUCCCGUCGCCGACCGACUGGGCCGCCGCAACGCUGCUCUCGGCGGCAUGUCGGUGAUAUGCCUCGGCCAGGGGCUUCAGACCGGCGCCGCCGGGCCGCACGCGCUCGCCAUGAUCAUCGCCGGUCGCACCAUCGCCGGCAUGGGGACGGCCGUCAUCUCGACGAGCGUGCCACUGUACCAGAGCGAGAUAUCACCGCCGGGGCAGCGUGGUCGAUAUGUCGUCAUGAACCACGUUGGCUUCGUUGCCGGCCUCUCCUCAGGUUUCUGGGUCGGAUAUGCCAUGACGUUCUGGAACAACGACCGCGGGAGCGCGGUUGGUUGGCGGUUUUCUCUCGGUGCAUCCUUUGUGCCGGCCUUGAUCUUUGUCGCCGCCCUUCCGUUUAUGCGCGAGUCGCCGCGCUGGCUGGUCGAGCACGGGAAGACCGAGGAGGCGCUCGAGACGCUGCGGUUCUACCGAGAAGGUUACUACGGCCCAGACGAGGUCCAGGCGGAGCUGUCAGGCAUCGAGCGCUCGAUUGCCGCGUUCCGGAACUCGGGCCUCACUUGGGUCUCGCUGUUCUCGGACGGCAGCCUCUUUGCGCGCAUGUGGCGGGCGGCGCUCCUGCAGUUCCUGGCCCAUCUCUGCGGCGCCACGGCCAUGAAAUACUACCUUCCCGCGCUGUUCCAGGCCCUGGGGUUCAGCCACCGCGUGUCCCUGCUUGCUGGCGGCAUUGAGAGCACGCUCAAGACGGGAUGCACUGUUAUCGACAUGCUCCUCAUCGACAGGGCAGGCCGUCGUCUCACUCUCAUUGCUGGGGCCGGCGUCAUGGCUUUUGCUUUACUGAUCAACGGCGCGCUCCCGCUGGCGUACCCCGACAACGUGAACAGAGCGGCCGACUACGUCUGUGUCGUCUUCAUAUUUGUCUACGCCCUAGGCUACAGCUUGGGCUUCGGCCCUGCUGCGUGGGUCUACGGCGCUGAGAUCUUUCCCACUGCCAUCCGCGCCCGAGGGUUGAGUCUAGCCGCCUCCUGCGGCGCCUUGGCCGCCGUCAUCGUUGCCCAGGUAUGGCCGGUGGGCAUCGCCAAUCUCGGUUCCAGCAUCUACUUCUUCUUCAUGGCGGUCAACCUGAUCAGUGUACCCGUUAUUUACCUGUUCUACCCGGAGACCAAAGGGCGGCCGCUGGAGGACAUGGAGGAAUUGUUUGGAGCCGGCUCGGGAGCCUCGUCCGACGACCUCCUCAUCGGCCCAGGGGAUCACGCACACCCCCGAGAAUCGUGCCCCUGA